CUGUUGCGCAUUGCCGCUGCAUAACCUCCUCAGCCGCCGCCGAAGCAUCCAUAGAAGCUGAGACAAAAAGAUGGGGAAGAAACCGAAGAGCUCAAGAAAGGGAAAGAAAGCUUGGAGAGCUAACAUAAGCACUUAAGACAUCGACGACUACUUCCAGAAAUCCACCAAGGAUGCUCUCUCCGGCGGUUCCCUCGCUUCUCUCCCCGCCGAAUCCCUCUUCACCGUCGACAAAUCCCAAGGUCAAAACCCUUUCCCAUCUUUCUGUUAAACGGAAGAUUGAGAAACGUAGGGAGAAAGUGCUUCGGUGCGAAAGUGUGCUCCAGAGGAACCCUUUUGUUCAGGCAGUGCCAUCCUCAAAGCAGAAGAAAUCUAAGAAAGAUAAGAAAGAAGUGGCUGUGGCAGCAAAAGAUGAAGCAGCUCAAGGUGCUGUUGCCAAGGGUGAUUCUGCCCCGGAUUCUGGCUUUUAUAACAUAUGGGAAAACAAAGGUGAAUGUGAUGUAAAAGCUAGAAAGGUAACGAAAGCUUCGGUUAUCCCAGCAGUAGAAGUUGAGCCUCCUGGAUGCUCAUUCAAUCCCACCUUUGAAAGCCAUCAGGAUUCCUUGGCUCAAGCUGUUGCAGAAGAAAUGAAGAAACAAUAUCAGAAUGAGUUGGGGCCUCAGCCUGUUCCACUAACUGUUACUGGAGAAGUAAUUGAUGAAGAAGAUAAAUACUUCAUUGAAGCAGAUGAAGGAAAUGAGGACGAAACUAAUGAGGAGGAUUUAAGUGACAAUGAGGGUGUAGCAAUGGAGAAAAAGCCUUCCAAAACAAAAAGGGUGACCCGAGUUGAGUUGAAUAAGAGAGCUCGACGAAAAGAACAACAAAAAAAAGAGGUAGAAAUGAAAAGGACAGAGGAACUUUCCAAAGAAAUUGAUAGCAUUCCAGAUAUCUUACAAGAAAUAGCCAAAGAGGAUGAGGAGAAGCAAAAUAGGCAUCUUCGACGCAUAACAGCAAAGCAGGAAAGACUAAAGAUCUGCCCUCCGCGCCUGGGAAAGUACAAAUUUAAGCCUGCUCCUCCUCAGGUGUUGUUAUCUGAAGAAAUCACCGGAUCCCUCCGGAAGCUUAAGGGUUGCUGUACACUUGCAAGAGAUAGGUUUAAAAGCUUAGAGAAGAGAGGUCUUAUUGUACCAACAGCCAAGAGUGGAAGGAAAUAGAUAGCCAUUGCAUUUUUAUUAAGGAGCCCAGCCGUUGUAAGUUUCUCAGCUAUAGAGAGCCCCAGGAGCAAGAAUGCACCCACCUACUUGGAAUGCUUUGGAGCUUUAUUGCAGUUUUGUUUAUUUACUUCUGUUUGUUACAAAAGAAAUUGUGGCAUGAUGGAAUUAACCUACAGGGUAAUUACAUAUAUUUAAAUGAUAUUCUUGCAGUAUACAAGCUUGUCUGCAAUUAUAUUCCUCAUGUAUUGUUGCUAAUGCAGCCAAUUUUUUACUU